UUUGGAACACCUGCGUUGCGUCGCUGCACUCGCUUGUCUUGUUCCAAAUGAUCAGUGGUUUCUAAAGACACAAACUCUGCGACCACAGCUCGAAUUGUCAUAAUCGCGAUAUCGAAGGUGUCGAGUUUCGGUGUGGUUGAUUGUUCGCCCGCAUAUAUCGCGCCUCAACGCCCAAUCGUGUGCUGCUUGAUCCCAGCACACCUCUAUACGCUCUUUUCUUGCACAUAAUGUCCGUUGCUACGAUGCUACAACCCGCUUCGAGAGCCUCGACUUCAUCGUCUUCUUCCUUUCAGCCUGUCACACGCCAAAACACCAUGUCUUCCCACGAUACGCGGUCCCUCCGCCAGUCGAAGCGGCUGUCAGUCACUGCGCUGUACAUGUCCAUGAAUGCUAAGGACAGGGAUUUGGAUAUAUCAGACGAUCUGGCGAGAGCUCAAAUAUAUCUGCGCGAACUGAAGGCGAAGAUUUCAACGCAAUCGAAGAAGAAUUUCGUCCUGGAAAAAGAUGUGCGGUACUUGGAUUCACGGAUUGCCCUGCUGAUCCAAAACCGUAUGGCUCUGGAAGAACAAAACGAAGUUGCCAGCCACCUCGACGACGCUAUAGAUCCCCAGGAGGGAUUCUUUCCUAACGAUGAGCGAACACAGAAGUACGGCAAUCUUCUCUUUCUUCUCCAGUCCGAACCCCGUCACAUCGCCCACCUGUGCCGCCUAGUCUCCAUGUCCGAGAUCGACUCCCUCCUGCAAACAGUGAUGUUUACUAUUUACGGAAAUCAGUAUGAGAGUCGUGAAGAACAUCUGCUACUUACCAUGUUUCAGUCUGUCCUCACCUAUCAGUUCGAUAACACUCCAGAGUACUCGUCACUCUUGCGCCAGAACACCCCUGUUUCCCGCAUGAUGACCACCUACACCCGGCGCGGUCCUGGUCAGAGUUACCUGAAACAAGUCCUUGCCAACCAGAUCAAUGCCCUGAUCGAGCUGCGCGACGUCGACUUGGAGAUCAACCCGCUCAAAGUGUAUGAAACCAUGGUGAAACAGAUCGAAGAGGAGCAGGGCUCGUUGCCAGAAAGUCUUCAGAGAUCUGUUACGGCGGAAGAUGCAGCGGCAAAUGCGCAGGUGCAGGCCAUUAUCGAACCGCGAUUGAAGAUGCUCACCGAUUAUGCCAACCGAUUCUUGAACAUAAUCAUCGAGUCCGUGGAAGAGACACCGUACGGCAUUCGGUGGAUAUGCAAGCAGAUCAGGAGUUUGUCGCGACGCAAGUACCCGGACGCUCAAGAUCAGACCAUUUGUACCCUGAUCGGAGGAUUCUUCUUCCUUCGCUUCAUCAACCCCGCUAUUGUCACGCCUCGAUCGUAUAUGUUGAUUGAAUCGACGCCCACGGAGAAACCCCGCCGGACGUUGACCCUUAUCGCGAAGAUGCUUCAGAAUUUGGCCAACAAACCUUCGUAUGCCAAGGAGCCGUACAUGGCGAAACUUCAGCCUUUUAUCCAGCAGAACAAGGAACGUGUGAACAAGUUCAUGCUCGAUCUGUGUGAUGUGCAAGAUUUUUAUGAAAGCUUGGAGAUGGACAACUACGUCGCGCUCUCAAAGCGAGACCUCGAGUUGCAGAUUACCCUUAAUGAGAUGUACGCCACACACGCCUUGCUGGAGAAGCACAGCUUGGCUUUGGCCCAGGACCAGCACUCCCAUCUCAAUGAGAUCCUGCAGGAGCUUGGUUCUGCGCCACCACAGGUCCCCCGGAAGGAAAACAGGACCAUCACCGUGCCCUUGUUUAGCCGCUGGGAGACGUCUCUUGAUGAUUUGACUGCGGCCUUGGAUAUCACCCAAGAAGAAGUCUUCUUUAUGGAGGCCAAGUCCACCUUCGUCCAGAUUUUGCGGUCUCUCCCUCCGAAACAUCCGGCCAUGCGUCGUCCGCUACGGCUAUAUCUCAUUGCGGAGAGUGCUGCAACCCUCAAGAAUGAUGCGGUGAUGGUCCGGAAAGGAAUCCGUACUAUAGAACUGCUCGAUCAACUGAUGAAGUUGGGCGUCAUCGAACGUGCUGAUGACUUCAGUCUCCUGCGUGAUGAGGUUGAACAGGAACUGGCGUACCUGGGCGGCUUGAAGGAGAAUGUCUUGAAGGAGACGAAGAAGCUGGAAGAAGUCUUUGCCACCAUACGCGACCACAAUGCGUACUUGGUGGGUCAGCUGGAAACGUACAAGUCGUAUCUUCACAACGUCCGCAGUCAGUCCGAGGGCAAGCAGCGGAAACAGCAGAAGCACCAGGAGCUCGGACCCUACAAGUUUACACACCAGCAGCUUGAAAAGGAAGGUGUCAUUCGCAAGAGUAACGUUCCAGAGAACCGACGAGCCAACAUCUACUUUAUGUUCAAGAGUCCUUUGCCAGGCACGUUUGUCAUCAGCCUGCAUUAUAAAGGCCGUGCUCGUGGUCUUCUGGAGCUGGAUCUCAAGCUCGAUGAUCUGCUCGAAAUGCAAAAGGACAACCAGGAGGACUUGGAUCUGGAGUACGUCCAAUUCAAUGUCUCGAAGGUGCUUCUACUUUUGAACAAACGAUUUGCACGAAAGAAAGGGUGGUAGAGAGACCGCACCUAUCGCCUCUCUUUUACACUCUAUCACGACGUCUAUGAAACGGAGCGGGUAGUCACCGGCAAGCCUCAAGACGGGCCAGCCUUCAGUCUUGGCUAUUAAGCCGCCAAUUUGAUGAACGACAAUUGGCCUUGGAUAUACGCCAACAUGUCUCGAAGGCCGUGGCCGUGUUAUCUGUUUGGAUCGUCUAUUCUACGUUAUGACCUGGGGACGGACGAUUGAAUUGUACACUUCACCAUGCGGCUUCCCACCCAGAUGUGGUGCGGGUCGACCAUGGAUGCAUAAGAUGAGUUGCGUUUUUUGUUUUGUUACUUCCGAUUUCUGUUAAGAUAGGGCUCCUAUGCGGGGCAGUAAUGUGGUGG